AUGGGCUGGAAUUCAUGGAACACCUUCAAGUCCAACAUCAACACCUCAGUGGUCGAGACCACCGUCCAACUGUUCGAGGACCUCGGCCUCAAAGAUGCCGGCUACGAGUAUAUCCUCCUGGACGAGGGAUGGUCCGAUUACUCGCGCACCGCAGAGGGAUACCUCCAGCCCAACUUGACCUCGUUCCCCAACGGCAUCAAACCGCUUAUAGACGAUAUCCACGCCAAGGGUCUAAAGAUCGGCUUGUAUGGCGAUAGCGGGAUCCUAACCUGCGGCUUUCGGCCAGGGAGCUGGGGGUAUGAGGAGCGGGAUGCGCAGACGCUCGCGGGCUGGGGUGUGGAUUACUGGAAGUAUGACAACUGCGGAGGAUUCCAGGCCAUGACGGAGCCGCCGCAGGUGCGCUUUGGGGUCAUGCAAAAGGCGCUGGAAUUGUCCGGUCGGGAGAUUUUCUACUCGGUUUGUGAGUGGGGGUAUCAGUUUCCGUGGCAUUGGGGAGGCAAGAUCGGUCAUUCCUAUCGCAUGUCGGGCGACAUCACCGCCAAAUUCACCAACGAGACGGGCUGCGCCUGCAAGACGGCCUACUGCCUCAACACCGGGUAUGCGGGCUGCUCGGUACUGAGCAUCAUCCGCAAGAUGCGCGAGAUCAGCCAGUACCAGACCCCGGGGCACUGGCUCGACAUGGACAUGCUGGAGAUCGGCAACGGUGACAUGACGCUGUACCAGCAGCAGACCCAUUUUGCAUUUUGGGCGGCGCUCAAGUCUCCGCUGAUUAUUGGGGCGGACUUGGCCAAGCUGUCGAAUGAGAGCGUGGCUGUUCUCAAGAAUAAGGGUAUUAUUGCAGUCAACCAGGACUCGCUAGGCCAGGCGGUGCAUUAUAUCGAGUCUGCCAGUAAAGAGGGGGCAUGGCAGGUAUGGGCUGGCCAGGUGAAAGGUGGAUUCGUGGUUCUUCUGUUGAAUGAGAAGAGCUAUCCCCAGGCUCUGUCGGUCUCGUUUGCGGAUCUGGGAUUGAACAUCAAGGGCCCCGUCAAGGUCACCGAGCUGUGGUCUGACAGGUCAUUGGGAAAGAUGGAUGGUUACAAGGGCGUGCUGCAGCCUUAUCAGACGCUGGUGUUUAGACUACAAUUUUGA